AUUGUCAGGAGUCAGUACUCAGUAGUGAAAGGCAUGGUCAGGAGGUGGGACGGGUGCAAUUUCGAAGGUCGAAAAGUUUUUUCGUAAUAAAUCUCACCUUAACCAACGUGUAACUUGUUUAAAAUAUAUCCUUGUUAUUUAACAUAUGGUUAUAAAUUAAUGAAUUUUGAUAUAAGGUGUAUUAACAAUGGCCAAGGCCUGUAUUUACGUUGUCGUGGCUGUUCUGUGUAUCAGUUUUGUAAAUUCCGACGCUACUUUAAAGUUUUAUCAAGAAAAGAAUGUCCAUGAAGCUCUAGAGCUAACAGAUGAUGAUGUCAAAAAUAUUGCCAAGCUUUCUAAUGAACAGGAUUUUAGAGAGGUUCUUGAUAAAAUUCUUAUACCCAGAGUGGUAGGAACCCCAAACCAUAAAAAAGUUGGUGAUUAUAUCGUAGAUGAGAUGAAAAAUUUAGGCUGGGAUGUAACUGAGGAUAUUUUCCCUGAUACAACACCAGUUUUUGGCACCUUGAACUUUAGAAACAUUAUUGCCAAGUUAAAUCCUAAUGCUGAUAGGUAUUUGGUGCUUGCCUGUCAUUACGACAGCAAGUACACAAGAGAACAUGUUUUUCUAGGCGCAACAGACUCUGCAGUACCGUGUGCGAUGUUGAUCAACCUCGCGAAAGUUUUGUCCAGACAACUUGAUCCAUUAAAAUUCGGUUCACCAAGUUUGAUGUUCAUAUUUUUCGACGGAGAAGAGGCUUUCAGACACUGGGGACCGAAAGAUUCUAUAUACGGAGCUAGACACUUGGCUAAAUCGUGGCAUUCGAUGCCAUACAAGGACGGUGCAAAUCAUUUGCAAAGAAUGGAUGUUCUGGUGCUAUUGGACCUUCUGGGAACACCAGACCCAGCGUUCUACAGCUACUAUAAGAAUACAGAACGUUGGUACAUUCGUCUUGCAAGCGCUGAGCAGCGGCUCAGUGAACUGGGACAGAUGACAGCAUAUUCCACGGGUAAAGCCGAGCAAACAUAUUUCCGGCUAGUAAGUUCUGGCGCCCAUAUUGAAGACGAUCACAUACCAUUUGUGAGGAGAGAUGUUGAUGUACUACACGUAAUACCGAACCCAUUUCCAAAGGUUUGGCACACCGCAGCCGAUAAUCUUUCAGCAUUAGACUUCAAUACCAUAGACAAUUUAAAUAAAAUCUUUCGCGUAUUUGUAUGCGAGUAUUUGCACGUCGCCCCUUAGCGAUUUUUGAUCUACGAUGAUUCUGAUAGACGUAAAA